UUCAAUACAAGUGUUUAGGAAAUGGGCAGGUACAACAGGCAAAGAUUGGAUGCUGUCAAACAGGAAUGUAGAAGGCAUGGCAGCAGUCUCCUGGAGAGCCAUCUGUGAUGGCCGGAGCGGCUCUACACGGCUGCCCAGGGGAACAUCCGCCCUCCACGCCUCCCUUCUCCCAGACUACCCCAGCCUGGGCAGCACAGCUGGGAACAGUGGCCCGGUACUCAUCCCCCAAAACUCCUCUGUGACCCAGAGCCUCCCUCCGAGCCCCACCCCCGAGCCCAUGACCCGGGACCCCUCCCUAGCCCAGGCAGAAAUCGGGGUUCUGGCGCUGAUUCUGGUGCUGACAGCCCUGGGAAAUGGGCUGGUGCUCUGCGUCCUCCUGAGGAGGAGGAGGAGGCUGGCGCCCAUGCACCUCUUCAUGGUGAAUCUUUGUGUGGCAGAUCUGGUGGUGGCCUUCUUCCAGGUGUUGCCCCAGCUGGUGUGGGAUAUAACUGAGCGGUUCCAGGGGCCUGAUGCGCUCUGUCGCUCAGUCAAGUACCUUCAGAUUGUGGGCAUGUUCGCCUCGUCCUACAUGAUCGUCGCCAUGACUGUGGACCGCCACUACGCCAUCUGCUUCCCCCUGCAGUCCUCCCGGGGCGGGGCUGUAUUGCGCUGGAACGCUCCCCUGGCGGUGGCCUGGGGGCUGGCCUUACUGCUCAGCCUGCCCCAGGCUUUCAUCUUCUCCAGGUCGGAGGUCUCCCCAGGAGUGUUCGAGUGUUGGGGUCACUUUGCAGAACCGUGGGGGCUCAAAGCAUAUGUGACCUGGAUGACUGUGGCCGUGUUUGUGCUGCCGGCACUCAUCAUCACCGUGUGUCAGGUACGAAUAUUCAGAGAAAUUCACAACAUCUACCUGAGGUCAGAGAGGGCGGUCACGGUGGAGUACAAGAGGACCUCAGUCCUGUUCCACUUCCAGUGUCCACCGCAGGACAGGCAGAGAGGGAGGAGUCAGGAGGAGCGGGGGGGGCAUUCUUUGCUGCUGGAUGAUAAUGCCCCUUCUCUUAUUCCCUCCCAUUCGCUUGCCCCUACCAUAGAAGAAAACAUGCAUGACAAGUAUGUGGAUGUCCCCCAGUCCAACUUCCCUGCUGGGAAGGAUUUCCCUCCUGUGGCCUACUCUGACAGCUCAGAAGCCCAAACCUCUGGUUCUGUGCUCUCCAGUGAGGUUCAACCAUUUUCCCCGCCCCCUGACUACCCCAAGGGCCUCGACCCCUCACCCACUCCCAACGUUGUGCGGCCCUCCCCCUUCAGCUCCACCUCCUACAGCAGCACCGCAAACUCCCACGACGAUGGUUACCGUGACAACACCCCCCGCCACACAGCGGCCAGCCCGCCCCCGCUGCCUCCCAGCAUCUCCAAGGCCAUGUCUAAGACACUGCGGAUGACCCUAGUGAUUGUGCUGGUCUACAGCCUUUGCUGGUCCCCGUUCUUCAUCGUUCAGCUGUGGGCUGCAUGGGACCCCCACCCCCCAGAGCCAGGAGUGGCCUUCACUAUCCUCAUGCUGCUUGCAAGCCUGAACUCCUGCACCAACCCCUGGAUCUACACCGCCUUCUCCAGCAGCACCUCCCGAGACCUCAGGGCCCUGCUAUGCUGCAGCCCCCACGGUCACCAGAGAGGAUCCCUGCCCGAUGACUCCACCACCACCACCACCACCACCCACACCUCUACAACCCCCGCCUACACCUCCACCUCCACCCCAACUCACACCACCACCCACACCUCUACAACCCCCGCCUACACCUCCACCACCAACACCACCCACACCUCUACAACCCCCGCCUACACCUCCACCUCAACUCACACCACCACCCAUACAUCUACAACCCCCGCCUACACCUCCACCACCACCCCACCUCACACCACCACCCAUACCUCUACAACCCCCGCCUACACCUCCACCUCAACUCACACCACCACCCAUACCUCUACAACCCCUGCCUACACCUCCACCUCCACCCCAACUCACACCACCACCCAUACCUCUACAACCCCUGCCUACACCUCCACCUCCACCCCAACUCACACCACCACCCAUACCUCUACAACCCCUGCCUACACCUCCACCUCCACCCCAACUCACACCACCACCCACGCUUCUAACACCCCCGCCACCAAAGAUGGGAUGUAA